UUAUUAACUGAGCAAUCUUAUCGCACAAGGCAAGAUGACUUCUUGUCUGAAGUGGGAAGCCAACCAUACCCUGCAGUUGUUGAUUUUAUUGCGCAAGGCAAGAUUAUUUCUUGCCUGAAGUGGAAGAAUUUUAGUAAAGACCCCGCAAAUUCAACAUAUCAUUAUUCACAAUUAGCAAAGAUUGUUAUUGAGGAUCGAGUUAAUAAGUCAAACAAAGAGGAUUUUCAAAAGAUCGAAUUUGAAGAAAAAGGUGAUACAACUUCUGCAACUGUCACAAGCUCUCCAAACUCGGCCAAUUCACUAUGUAAUGAACAAACAAUUACUAGGCAAGAAAAUUAUCCAGUCAUUAUUAUUACAAAUAAAGAAGAGAAUGAUAAUGAUAGGAACGAGAAUAAUGAUCAUCAUGGAGUUCAUCAAGAUGACAAUGAUGAAAAUCAAUUUCAAAGUUCCAAAAUCAUCCUAUUGAAUAAUUUUUUUAUUAUUUUAAAUUUUAGAUUUUUUGCUUGGGGUAGACAGGUUGCAGAAAUAUCAUUGCUUAAAGAAAGGUUGGUUGUAAAAGAAGGCUGGAUUGCAACUGAUAAAUUUAAUAGAGUUUAUGGAGUUUAUCAAAUAGUUAUAGGAACUAUCAUGUUCUCGGUGUUUGCGUUGAUUUUAGAGGAAUUGGUUGGAUUUUUUAUUUAUAUUGGUUUCAAAGGUUUGCCAUCACUUCAAUCAUUAGGUGUAAGCGUUGCUAAAACAACUGACCCCGGCCAUAUUCUUGGUUUGGGUUUAUUAGCUGGUAGUUUAUCAUUGGAUGUGCUAUUAAAUUUUUAUUUAUUUCCACAUACAGUCAAGCCUUGUCACACUAUUGGAAAUGCAUUUCCAUCAUCUUUAGUAAUGUUUUCAACAUUUAUUGGAUAUCAAGGAGGCUAUGUCUAUGGUGGUGUUGGUUAUGGAUUUUUAGGAGUUGUAUUGAUUAAUAUUGGAAUAUUCACUCCAUGCAGCGUUUUUGGUAUUAUAGCAGUGACAACUUUCGAUCUGCUUAAAGCUUCAAUAACAACCUCGGCUAGUUUGGUACUAUAUCCUGCCGGGACUGAAAGAGAUUUGGUUGCUGCUAAGCAAAGUUCCCUUGCUGCAGUUAUUUACAUAUUAACUUUGGGUAUUUUAUAUAAAUUUAGAAAACCUUUGACUUCGCUUUUAUUGGCUAUUUUCGGUGCUAUCAUUGGUUCUGCUAAAAGUUCUGAAUCUGACAUUGUCACUUUAAGGAAGAAGAGGCGGAGAGGAGGGUGUAAUAAGGAAUAA